CUCCUGUUCUUUCUGUAUCUGUGUGUAUUGAGGUCAGCGCUGAUGAUGAUGAUGAUGAUGAUGAUGAUGAUGCCCUCUGUCGGUCACGGCGCGCGCUGCAGAAGCUCCGCCUCAGACACUCAUCCUCUCCGGUGAAGCGGAGUCUCGCGCAGAGACGCGCGGCGCGGCAGCAGCUCUGGUCUCUCCGGUCCGCGUCGCGAUCUGAUCGGUGCAUGCGAGAGCGGAGCGGCUGAAGCGAUGAUGGCGGCAGCGCUGGAGAGAGGAGGGCUUCGGGCCGCCUUCCUGAACCCCGGCAGCGGCGGCGGAGCGGCUCCCACAGCGGUGUCCGGAGCAGGAGCAGUGCUGUGGGGCUCCGGGGGAUCCGGGGCGAUGCCCGUCCCCAUGAACCUGUUCGCCACCUGGGAGAUCGACCGCUCCUGUCCGAGCUGCGUGCCCCGGCUGUGCAGUGUGACGCUGAAGAGGCUGAUCGUGUUGAAGGAGCUGGACAAGGAUUUGAGCUCAGUGCUGAUCGCUGUGAAGAUUCAGGGCUCCAAACGAGUGCUGCGCUCAAACGAGUACGUCCUCCCUCCCUGCGGUCUGAUGGAGACGGAGCUGGAGCUCACCUUCUCUCUGCAGUAUCCUCACUUCCUGAAGAGAGACGCCAACCGUCUGCAGAUAAUGCUGCAGAGAAGAAAACGCUACAAAAACAGAACCAUUCUGGGCUACAAGACGCUCGCGCUCGGAGUCAUCAACAUGGCCGAGGUGUUGCAGCAUCCUACAGAUGGAGGACAGAUUCUGGGUCUCCAUAGCAACAUGAAGGAUGCACCGGCACGCGUGGCUGAGAUUAGUGUGUUCUCACUGUCCAGUCAACCCAUCGACCACGAGUACAGCAGCGGGCAAUCAGGAGCCAAGACCAAAGCCUCAGAUCGCUCUCCUGACCUGGAUAAUUACUCAGAGGAUGAUGAUGACAGUUAUUCAUCGGGGCAGGAGGGCAGUGAUGAUGCUGGACACGCACAGGAUUUGUAUGAUGAAGAUGAUGAGAUACGGAAGCCAAAAAAACCCAGACGAAAAAUGAUUCGAUCUGUCUCCUUGACACGACAACCCAACUUCAAGCAGAAGUUUGUGGCCUUACUGAAGAGAUUCAAAGUCACAGAUGAGGUUCUGGACUCAGACCCGGUGGAUCAGACGCAGGAGGUGGAGGAGGAUCUGGAUCUGCUUUAUGAUAGUCUGGAGGUUUUUAAUCAGAGCGACAGCGGCCCAGAGCUGGAGGACAACGAGAGCGUCCUGAGCACCCCUAAACCCAAACUCAAGCCAUUUUUUGAGGGCAUGUCUCACUCCAGUUCUCAAACAGAGAUCGGCAGUGUUCACAGUCACAAUCAACACCGAGACGUAGGAUCUAACAUGGCGGCUGACUUCCUGUCGGUGGAGCAGUGUGAGACGGCCGGCUCGCAGCAGCAGGAGGACAGCAGUAUGGACACCAGCGGCGGGGAGGUGGAAGCAGAGCAUCAUGGGAUAGUAAUGGCAGAUGUGUCAGAUGUGAACAGCUCUGGUGGGAAGCUCUGCAAGACUGAGUCCCAGAAUCACAGCAGUCCCAGUAAAGCGGAGAGCAGGGUCCCACGGCGCGCUCGCAGCACAUCCAUGAAGGACAGACAGAACUCUCGAGCUCAGAGCGAGCGCACCAUCAGCGUGGACAGCGAGUGUUCGCUCGACAGCCGCUUCAGCACACAGGUGCCCAGGAAAUCAGUGUAUGAUCAGCUGAAUCAGAUCCUGAUCUCAGACGAGAGACUCCCGGAGAACAUCAUCCUUAUCAACACGGUGGACUGGCAGGGUCAGUACGUGGAGGAGGUCCUGCAGAAACACACUCAGCCCAUUGUGUCGACCUGCUCCACCGCUGAUGUCCAGGCCGCAUUUAACACCAUCGUCACAUGCAUUCAGAGAUUCUGUAACUGUAACGCUCAGACUCCGCCCACUGUGAAAGUGGCAGUGGUGGGAGAUCAGAGUUAUCUCAGUACAGUUCUGCGCUUCUUCGUAGAGCAGCUGGCCAACAAGACGCCUGAUUGGCUGAGCUACAUCCGCUUCCUCAUCAUCCCCAUCGGUUCCCAUCCUCUGGCCAAGUACGUGUCGACCUUCGACAGUAAGUUCUGCAAUAUGUUCCUGGAGCCGUCGUGGAGGGAGCUGUUCUGCCGGUCAGAGCGUCCCAUCGCAGACACUGUUGAUGUAGCUGGACGGAUCAUUCAGUAUCUGUCUGGAGCAAAUGUGUCUCAUCAGUUUCCCAUAUCUGAAGCCAUGCUCACUUACAGACAGAAGAGUCCGGAUGAAGAUUCGUGCCAAAAAUUUGUGCCAUUUAUCGGGGUGGUGAAGGUGGGGAUCGUCGAACACAGUCUGUCCACAUCAGUGGAUUCUGAUGAUGCCAUGGGCGGGAAUGUGGGCGUGGCUUCCUCACCCCUGCCACAGUCAGCCACACCCUAUGGGAAGGAGAUGUGUGUGACUCCGCCCCCAUCGCCCUCGGCCUGUGCGGUUUUCACUGGCAUGGGUUCUCCGUGCACAGGUGGAGAGCUGAUGGGGCUGCAGGUGGACUACUGGACGUGUGCGAGCGGAGAGAAGAAGCGUGAGGGUGAGAAGCGUGACGUGUGUCUGAAGAACACACUGAAGAGUAACUUCCGCUCGCUGCAGGUCAGUCGUCUGCCCAGCGGAGGAGAUCCCAGCGCUCCUCACAGUAUGGCCAUGACCGUCGUCACCAAAGAGAAGAACAAGAAAGUGAUUUUCCUCAGUAAGAAGCUGAAGGAGAAGGACGUGGACUCUAAGAGUCAGGUGAUCGACGGCAUCAGCCGGCUCAUCUGUACGGCCAAACACCAGCACACCAUGCUCCGAGUGUGCAUCGAUGGCGUGGAGUGGAACGAGGUCAAGUUCUUCCAGCUGGCCGCGCAGUGGCCGACUCACGUCAAGCACUUCCCCGUCGGUGUGUUCGGCUGCAGCAAACCCCUGUGACCUCACGUCCACUGACCAGCGUCCAGCGUCCUGACUCUAUAAGCAGAACAGCUCGUGUUUUCUCUGAAGACGGCUGCCCUCGAGAUUAACUGUACGGUGACGGAUGGAAAACGCCAGGCACUUUCUGUUUCUUUAUCAUUUCUGUGAAAUCCUGUGUAGAACGCCGUCAGGUGCAUGAUGGGACGGAUCCGCGUGCGUCGACAGGCCGUGUUAAAGCAUUUUGCUGUGAAUUCAAACUGAUUUUUUACCCUAAUGUAACCUCUGUUAGCAGUAUUUUGUGAUAACACAGUGAAUAUGAAAGUAUAAACUGAACCUGCCUUUAAAGCACACAGAUGAUGAGCAGAAACAUCGCAGUUAUCGCCCGCGUCUUCACUGAUGAAGAACUUCCUGUCACAUGACACACACCGCUCACGCCCACACCCAUCAUACACAUCACUACAUAACUGUUUUAUUUCCAUCUGAUAAAUGAUCAAAUAUUUGACAGCCAAUCAGCAGAGCUCCAGCUUGCGGUUCUUAAAUCAAUUAAAUAAAAUAUAAAGUCUUGUUUUAUGAGAAACUGAUCAAAAUGAGUUUAUGAUUAGAACAAGAGCAAAUAUCUGUGAAUCAGCUUAAUUCAAAGAGAAGCAAGUCUUCAUCUAUCUGCUCUCGUUUUAAUCAUAAACUAACUUCAUUUUUGACCAGUGUCUCAUAAAACAAGACUUCAUAUUUUCAUUUUGCAUUUGAUUUAAGAAUCCUUAGAUAUUGUAAAACAAGACAGAAACACUGAGGAAGAUGUGUGUGCCACAGAUAUGAAUUCAUGAUUUCUGCUCUGAUUUAAGAGCUUUCAAAGCCUUAAAUUGUGAAAAGGCCCACAGAAACCCAGUGCAUCAUGGGAGAUUGAGUGUGUGUUAUCUGUGUUCCUGUAGUUCAGUCUGAAUCACUUUAAUACUGUGGAUUUUAGUUUUGAAUCUGACGUUUAAACCCUGGUGAUCUUCAGUCGCUCGAGCUCUGUUUAUUCUCAUGUGUUUCCUGCUCUUAUUUGGGAUUGUUUUGGCGAUGAAUGUAUCGAGAUGGCUUUCAGUGUUUGGACCUUCCACUUCAGAUGCCAGAAAACUAAUUCCAGUUCACCAAAGCUGCUUCAUCAACACCACAGUAUUUGCACUUGUACUACAGUAAUGAGAGCUGAUGGCUGCUCCGGCUCCAGCACUUUGAUUUAAAGAGACAGUUCAUCAUUCUGUUCUUAUUUCAUCCUCGUGUCAUUCAAACCCAUAUGACUGACUGUGGGGAGAUAUUUAGAGAAAUGUCUCAGUGUUUUUUGUCUUUACUGUGUCUUCUUGAAGAAAUGCAGUCAAAGCUUUGUGUGAUUUGAGUAAAUGAUGACAGAAUGCUGAUUUUGGGGUGAACUGUCACCUUCUGAACCACUAUGAACUCGUUCUCUGUAUAUGCGGUCGAGCAGAUCCGUUUACAUGAAGGAUUCUGUGUACGUCUGUUAAACUCUAGUGUGUGUGUGUGUGUGUGUGUGUGUGUGUGGACAGGUCACGUCUCAGCAGGUAUAAUCCACUGCGGCUCAUAUACGGGACGCUGACUGAUGAAGCACCUUUGCACAGAACCUCAAUGUUAAAUUAUGUGACAGACUUUUUAAUGUUUCAUCUUUGCAUGUUUUACAUUUGGAGUAUGUAAUGGCAUUUUAUAGCGCUGCUUCUUUCCAUGCUUGCACAUGCAGUUGUGUUUAAUAAAGUGUUUUUAUGCACUGGGGAGUGAA